CCAGUCCAGCAUAUAGCAGAUAUCCCACCAAGCACCGCGCAGUCUAGUUGCCAUGGCCGGCCUCAAGACCAUCAUCGCCCUGUCCUUUGUCCUCGCCAUCGGCUUCCUCCUCGUCAUCCUAUCCUGCGCGCUAUGGCACGUCUACUACCCGCUGCUCGUCGUCGCGACCUAUGUGAUUGCUCCCCUGCCCAACUGGAUCUGCAACCGCGCAGCAAAUCCCGACGACUUCAUGGAGAGUGCCGGCAAUGGUGUCAUUGAUUUCGGAAGAUUCCUGACGGGGUUUUUGGUCGUCAUGGGAAUCGCACUCCCGGUCCUUCUCGCCCACUGCGCCCUCAUCUCCGCUCCCGCCAUGGUCAUGUCGAUUAUCGGAGGUCUUCUUAUCUACGGGACCAUCAUAAGCUUCACCAUGUUUUUCCAGGAAGACGAGGAGUUCUAGGCAGUAUUAUUCAUGGGUCCAUUGGUUGUUGGUUUCUGUAACUUAGAACUCGCGUCUCCCGGUCUGGCGCAAUCAGCGGUGUGGUCUUCACGCGUUCAUGACAUUUCUUAUGAAGCUUUCAGUUAGGUGAGGUACUCAAUUAAAAAUUGCCGAUUAAGCAAGCAUCCAUGCUCUAGAGUAAAACCU